AGUGAACUGACAAAAGCCAAGAAUGACGGACGUUCAUGCUGAUAUUCAGUGUCGGAAGUAGAGUACUAUUGAAUGAACGAUUGCGUUGUUAGUAAACAAACAUUGGAAGCGAUGAUACCAACGCAGUUCUAUUGUAUUAAUACCUUUAGUUGGCUGUUAUAAAUUGUGAGAUUAUUAAACGUUAAACUUGUUCCUUGCCGGAUGAAAAUUCCUAGUGUGCAUAAUGAACCUACACAAGACUGUUACAACUACAGCAUUGAUUAUGGGAUUUCUCAUUUUCUUUAUUUAUUAUAAUAUGUUUAGUUUAAUGAAUUUUCGCGCAGUCGAAAAGUCGAUGUUUCUAACUAGCACUACCAACAGCCUGCCUAACGGUAAAUAACUGUUUUGAUUAUUUAUAUUUUAUGAUUUAAAUGGUAUAAGCAUUAUAAAAGUAGUCUUUUAUUUUGUAAAAUUAAUAAGUUGCAUUAUUAAUUUUCAAUUUUCAAUUAUAAAAUAAUCAUCAUUUAGGAAUAUUAUUUCAUAAUUGACGAGUGCGUGAUUUACUGAUUAGAAUGACCAUGAUGACAAAAGAAUGAUGAUUUACAAAAGAUGUACAAUUUUUUUUUUCUUUUAUAAAGCUGAAUUGAGAAUCGAACCUACAACUCACCUGCAAACUUCUGUGGCGGGUGGAAGGAAAAGGGGAGAUCUCCGGCCGGGCAAGGUGUUCUGCCCGGGGAGUGGCCAACGCUCCGAUUGGUAGUUCGGAGCUAUUCUAUAUAUGUUGCUUUAACUUCGGAACUUUGUUGGUGCGAUUUAGGCUUCGAUGUGUUUCGCAUGUGGCGUGACGAUAGCGCCGCCACACUUCAUACAAGGAAAGCUAUAGAUGUGUUGUCACCUCACCUCUGAAGACUAAGAUGGAAUGCCUCACCGCUUGUAAUAAUUAUACUGUCUCUCUACAUCCUUCAAACUGGAACAAAGCAUUGAGAGCACUGGUAUUUGGCGGCAGAAAUAAAUAAGAGGAUGGUAACUACCCAAACGGGGUCUUAGGCAGAAAAGGAGUCCUACCACCUAGAACAGUCAUAAAACUUAGCAACUAGAAGCUAGAAUAAAAUAUAUCAGGGUGACAAACGAGCACUCAGUCCACUUGAUGGUAAGUGGUUGCUGUGGCCCAUAGACAUCUACAUCUAUCCUCGUUUACGAAUCAAAAUGCAGAUGCGUUGUCAGUAGUGGGGAAAUUUUCACGAAUACCCGCCACGCGGGGACAAGGACGGGUUAUGUCUGCCUCGCACCGACUAAAACACCACGGUGCUCCACCCUCGCCGCAUAUUGGCAGGGCCACGGGAACGUUUUCGCACACAGCGCUAGCCGCCCCGUGGCAGCCCCUCCUCGGGGAGGACUUCUCCUACCUAUUCUUCAUCUCAGGCAACGCGCAUCAGGAACACAAGGAUCGCCUUCUUCCAUAGACUCUAACUCUACCUGCGUAACGGGUCCGAUACGCGGAGGCCAUGAGGCCAGGAAAAUCGAGCGCUCGAUAGCACCCACGGUAACACCCAACCCCAGCGGCGGAUCUGGUCUUUGCCUCCGCCGCCAACCAAGUUUCGGCCGCCACCUCGGGCUAGGCAAGAGGUUCUUCUUUGUCUCACCGGCUAUUCACAAGGUGGGAACCCGUUUGGAAGGAUGCUCUAUGAGCCUAGGGCACACAUUCGUUUCUACCCUUUAGAAAUUAGUACUGCCAAUACCAAAAGUAGUAUAAAGAAAGUAUGCUCAGUGAUGAAGUGAAUGUACGUCAAGAUGGACGUCCACGAUUAAGAAAUACGAAACAUUUAUAAAAUAAACAUAUGAUUUAAAUUUUUCCUCCUUUUUUGUCUUUUACGUUGAAUAAAGCAAAAAAGGUAGUUUCAUCAGAUGGUCAUUAUAUCAGCCAUCUAAUUAGAGGAAAUUGGAUAACUGAGGAAACUGCUAUCCCAGAUACUUCUUUAAAGUUAAAAAUUAAUUUUAAAAUUCCCUUUUAGUUACAGAAGAUCUAUUACUAGACACGCCUGGGUGCGUAAUACAAAAUUAUUCAAAAACAUUGAAAUUUAAAGAAGCUUUAUAUGAAAAUAAAACUUGCGGUCUUCGUGCCAUAAUCGUGGAUAGAAUAGAAAAUGAUAAAGUAAGAUUUAAUAUACAACAAAAGUCAAUGUAUCUGUACAGCAAAGGAAAGCGUUUUAGUUGUUGCUACAAAUUUGCUUCCAGAUCAACAGUGCCUGGUAAAGAGGAUACGCAAAUAAAAUUUACACCGUGCAACAUUUUUCAAAAUGGCUCUAUAAUAAAGCUGGAACAGGAAAUAAUAUCCGUAUAUUGUAGUCUAAUCGAAGGGAAAACAAAGCCCGUAAUUUAUGAAGAUACCUAUUUAUUACUUAAGAAGUUAGACACAUCUUCUAAAGUUAUCACAAAUGAUAAAAAGUCUUGGAAUGUAUUGAUAGUUGGAAUGGAUACGAUGUCGAGAGCAAGAGUGUAUAGUACUAUGCCACACACUGUAGAAUAUUUCCAAAAACAUAAGUGGCUAGAUUUCAGAGGAUAUCAAAAGGUAGGUUUUAACACGUUCCCAAACAUAAUGUCUCUUUUAACUGGAAAGAAAAUGCCUACAAUUUACAAAGCUUGCGCAAAAGGUAUGAACGAGUGUAACGAAUUGAUGAUAUGGAGUAAAUACAAGGAUGCAGGCUAUUUUACUGCUUAUGGUGAAGAUUAUUUGAGGCUACCCGAUACAUUUUCCAGAUAUAAGGGAUUUAAAAUUCCACCCACAAACCACUACGCACGACCAUUUUUUCUAACGGGAGAAAAAAAAAGUGGAAACUACAUAUGUACUGCGAAAAAACCUUCAGCAAUACAUUUACUAGACUAUGCUUUAGAUUUUACGAGAGCGUACAUAAAUGAAAACUUCUUUGGCAUGUUCUGGCUUAACUCCUUCAGUCACAAUACUGACAAUGUGCCAGCGCUUCUUGAUAAUGACAUGUUAAUGUUCUUAGAAAAACUCGAACACACGGGCGCAUUAAACAAUACUUUCAUUGUAUUCUUAAGUGAUCAUGGUAUAAGAUACGGUGAAAUGAGACUACCAAUAGAGUCUUAUUACGAAGAACGAUUACCGAUGUUAUUCAUGUGGGUUCCAUUUGCGUUUCAAGAAACUUAUUUCGAAGAAAAUCAUAAUAUAAAGAUAAAUCAGUAUCGGUUAAUCACAACCUACGAUCUGCAUUUAACGAUGUGGCAUAUACUGAAGUUGUCAAAAGAUUCCAUUCAAGAGAUACCUUCAGAAGCAUGCCCGCAGUGUUCUAGUUUAUUUGUCGAAAAAACAAUAUAUAGAACAUGCUCUGAUGCUGGGGUCAAUGACAAAUGGUGCAGCUGUCACAACAUGGCCGAGGCAAACGGAAAAGAGAACAAUUCACAACAGAGUCUAAAACUAGCGGUGACGUAUAUACAAAACAGAACCCAAACAAUAAAAACAACGCGAUGUAUGGAUUGUGCAAAAUUGACAUUAAAAACAGUAUUAAGACAUCAUUUCUAUUCAGACGGAACGAAAGAAGUUCACAUUAUAGCAUUUAUGAUGUCGCCAGGUGAUGUGGCAUUCGAAGCGAACAUAUUGAUAGAUGGUAAUGAAAUAAAGAUAUUGGAACCAACAGAAACUAUAUCAGCUUAUAACACUAGAGGAAACUGUGUGGUAAAUCCAAAUGAUCGAUCAUAUUGUGUUUGU